AUGUUACCACCAGCCCUGAACAUCCCCAAAUGGCUAGAAGAAAACUCCCACCUCCUCCAACCACCCGUAAACAACUACUGCGUCUACCACCCCUCCACACCGUCAACAGCCGGCUACACCGUAAUGAUAGUCGGCGGCCCCAACGCCAGAACAGACUACCACAUCAACACAACCCCCGAAUUCUUCUACCAAUACCGAGGCUCAAUGCUCCUCAAAACCGUCGAUACCUCCACCACACCACCCACAUUCCAAGAUAUCCCCAUCCACGAGGGCUCUAUAUUCCUGCUCCCGGCUAACACGCCGCACUGUCCGGUGCGGUUUACGGAUACGGUUGGCGUGGUGAUGGAGCAGCCGCGUGCUGAGGGGGCUAUUGAUAAAAUGCGGUGGUAUUGUCGGGUUUGUGGGGAGGUGGUGUGGGAGAAGAGUUUUAUUUGUACGGAUCUUGGGAUUCAGGUUAAGGCUGUUGUUGAGGAGUUUGCGGGUGAUGAGGGGAAGAGGAGGUGUAGGGCUUGUGGGGAGGUUGCGGCGACGAAGUAUGCUGAGGGUGAGAUUGUACAGCCGUGA